CUAAAAUUUCGAAAAUUUCCUUAGCAACGGUCCUUAGAAACUGAUUUAGGCCAAUAUCUUUUUGUUAAAAAGUCGUAAGGGCGUGAAAAUGCCGCCAUUUUGACGCCAAAGGGCUGUUCUAUCUUGCACGGCAAAGUUUUACUAUAAGAUAUACACCGAAACCAUCCUGAAGUGCUUUCAAAGUUAGAGCUCCUGGUGAAAGGUCAUAAAUUCUUCCUCCAUUUUUUAAACACAAAUAGCUUGAUUCUUUUAACCAAUUAAAGUCAUGGCUAACAAGAAAAGUUAUCAGAAGAGAAGAUCAAGGAAGAGAAAAGGUUUUAAUGGUGCAAAUGUUACAGCCAGCAAUACAACAUUAAACGGAACAUCUUCAGAACCAAUCCAAGAACUCACCGAACCUGAACCGUCAACACAAACUGGAGCAUCAGCUGCCAAAUUAGAUUGUAGUACUACCUCAGAAACAAUUGAGAAAGAGUUUGUUGCUAACUGUAACAUUAUAAUAGAGAGUGACUUGUUAAUGUCUUUGAUUUUUAUGAUAGGAAGAUGCCCAGACUGUGCAGCUUCUGUAAGCGUGGAACAUCUAUUGCAAGCCAAAAUGGGAAUGGCUCAUUUCCUUUUAAUCUCAUGUGCAGAAUGCCCAUGGAAUUUGCAGUUUUGUUCUUCUAAAGAGUGUGAUAAACCAGAUCCAGUUAAUGGCAGAAAAGGUUAUGACAUUAAUAGAAGGACAGUAGUUGCAUUUCGUGAGAAUUGUAUUGGUUUCAGCGGCAUCGAAAAAUUUUGCAGAUGCAUGAAUAUGCCACAACCAAUGACAAAAUCAACAUUUGAAAACAUUAAUUCAUUGGUCCACAAUGCUUAUGUACAGACUUCACAUGAGUCCAUGGCUACAGCAGCAAAAGAAGUGCAUGAGAAAACAAAAAGAAAUGACCCAAGUAGUGUUGAUAAAGAGGAUAUCGCUAAUAUAGCUGUCAGCGGUGAUGGCGCCUGGCAAAAGCGCGGAUUUUCAUCCCUUAAUGGGGUAAUGACAUUGAUCGCAGAUGGAAAGUGUAUUGACACUGAGGUUAUGUCGAAAAAGUGUAGAGUGUGAUGUUUGGGAAAAGACAAAUGACACCCAUUCUGAGAAGCAUAAAGAGUGGAAAGAAAAUCAUGCUGCGUUUUGCUCUAUCAACCAUAGAGGCAGUUCUGGUGCCAUGGAGAUUACCGGCUUGAAACGUAUUUACCAUCGCUCUGUGAAAACUCACAAACUCUGAUACACUUUUUACAUUGGAGACGGAGACACAAAAUCUUUUGUGGAACUUUGUAGUACAAAUCCCUACCCAGGACACAGCUUGAACAAAGGUGAAUGUAUCGGGCAUGUACAGAAACGUGUCGGAACCAGAUUGCGAAAAAUUAAAACUGACCACAAGGGUGUAAAGCUUUCAGAUGGAAAAGGCAUUGGCAGAGGAAAGGGAAGACUCACAGACAAGAUCAUGAAUACACUUCAAAACCAUUAUGGAAUGGCUACCUUAAGGGAACUUAUUUUGGCGGGAACUAAUUUUGGCGGAUUUGGCGGAUUGGGGCAAAAUCCGCCAAAAUUAGUUCCCGCCAAAAUUAAAUAUUUUACUCACCCGCCAAAAUUA